UGGUGAUGCUUCUAUUCUUGGACACAAGUGAGCCUGCAUCAUGCAGCCAAUUCCUUUCGAUGGGACAAAAAAAGCAUCAUCAGGAUCCUCGUGCACAGGCUUUUAUAUGCUCCCUCCGCCAUGCUUCGAGUCCGACACAGCCUUACUUGAAUUUUGCUUUGGUCUGUGCUGGCCUGCUGAGCUUGUUGGCGUUGGCUUGCCCUAAUUUACACCUAUCUUACCUUGACUGUCCUCCAAUCAUUUGGUCACUCCUGCUCCGUCUCUCCAGCACCGCCCCGCCACUCAGCCUCAACCCAGUGCCAAGGUCAACCGUGGAGUCCGGGGUAAACCUUCCUCUCCGGUGCUGAAUCAUCUUCCCUGUCAUGCGGCAUUCCCCGCUGUAGGGCUGAGACUGUUGUGUUCGUUCCUCCAAUCAUUCGUUCCACCUCGUAUUCGACGCAUACCCAACAUGGCGAGCUUAGUGAAUGGCCCCCUGGGUCGGUUCCGCAAACAUGGAUCCCACAAGCCGCUUCAUGAAAGAUGGGGAGAUGUGGGCAUCACGGUUCCGACCGAAGGAUCGUGGAACCAGUUGGAUAACCCUCAUCGGUCGUCUGACCGACGCCCUGUCCACGACGUCUCCAAUCGCGGGCAUCGGGACCAUGCCAUUGUCUCGAGUCAAGACGACCGCCGUGCGUCCCAGUCCAGCUCCUUCUCGGUGAAGGCGUUGAACCCUCGCCGGCUCUCCAUGCGUAUCAGCCAGCGGUCCAAGCAGACCAGCGAUCAUCCCCCGGAGAGCGACCGUCAGACCAAAGCCGAACGAAGGGUGUCUCAAUUCUCCUACCGACCCAUUCAUCAAGACUAUCCAACCGAGAUGGCCGAGAAAGCCGCCCGACAGAGCCAGCAUGCCCCCAAGUUUCGGUAUAUCCCCACGGGACCGGGGUACGCCGACGAGCUUGGGCUGGCGGCUGCACCCCGACGGUCCAGUCGUCGGGAGAGUGUCCAGAGCAGCUACACGAGCGAGUUGACGGACCGAAGCGCGCGACACAGCUAUCGCCGUAGCCCCAUUCCCGGGAAUGCGUACGAGGAAGACGACGAAGACGAGUAUCAUGAGGAGCGGUAUUCACGGCCCCUACCUCAACGACGGGACCGAAGUAGUGUGAACUACAGCCGACGGGCCAGUCCAUCUAUGGAGCAGCGGGGACGAUCUGGGCGAUACCUGACUACGGCCAUGGUCCCGGAUGCGGAAGAUGUUUAUUGGUGAUUGAUUGUUGUGAUGCGGUUCAGCGUCUGCAUUGUCAUGUCGUAACGGCUGAUCGGAGCGUUUUCAUACAUCUUGCAUACAUUGGGCGGCGUUGGCGGCUUAGUGGCUUAAGCGAAUAUUGAUUAGCUGAAUUGAACAUAAUUCGUCCUAUUUGUCUGAUCUACUAUAGUACCAUACUAGUAGUAGUAAGCAUCGAGGCACGGGGAGGUGGUUUCCUUGUGAGGCACUUGCAACGGUUGCCCGUUUGGGGUUCCGGGGGCGCGCCUUCCCUCCGAAAGCCCAGCCCCCUACUACUUAGCAGGCUACUUCUUGUGCCGACUUCCGAAUUCCUACCACCACGCACAACUCUGGUCUAGCUACGCGGUUGU